AAGGAGAAAGACCACCCACACAGUUCCUAUGAUGCAGAAUUAGCAUAUCUGGGCUGUGAUUGUGCAUGGUUAUGCAUUAACAGCUCCGCGUUUGACACGCUCUCUCUCUCUCUCAGUAGCCGUGCGCUCCGGCUGGGAAACACGCUGAAGUGGCCGCCUCAGGGAUUAACAGCGGCAAGGGAUGCGGGGCAUUACAAGGACCAUGAUACCUGUAGAGCACUUCUGAUCAGAGCCCGGCUCGGUGAUGACUGCUGCACAGCUUUUUUUUUUUUUCUAGAUAGUUUCUGCUCCUCUUCUCUGUUUGCCUGAAUAAAAGGACUUGCGAUUGGGAAAGGAAGACCUUCUGCUCAGACAGAGACUUACAAAAGCUGAGGGAGCCCCUGUGUUCAGAAGGAGGGGUGUUUUUUUUGAGGAUCUCUCUCCAUCCUCGGUGGGUCAUGUCACUGGCACUGCUUUCAUGCGCGAAGUAAAGGCUCAUCUCUCUCUCUGCCCUCCUCCAGCGCCUGUCAUCAUUGUGGCAUGCAGCUGAAAGAGCCUCUGUCAGCUACCGAAGAGCUCAUUGUGGCUCUCAGCCGUGGAUGAAGCAAGGACACGCCGGCCUGAAUGGAGCGAUGAUGUGAAUUGGUCUAUCGGUGACACCGGAGGGUGAGCCCACCCCACCAAGAGGGAUUCCCGCCGAUAUGGGGGACGUUUGUCCACGGAGAGGGAAAGUUUUUUGACAUCAAGACCUCUGCGGUAGUAUUGUGAAGGUGUGAGCUUUUUGCCAGGAAGGAGAUCCGGCUUGGAGCGGUGCCUGGGAAGCGGGAUUCACCGAUCGCCGCCGGCCACCACCAUGACGGACUCUCAGCCGCCCGGCUCUGGGGGCAGCGUCAACGGCAGCUCUCCCACGGCCGCCGACUGGAACAUCGCAGGCAGCGGCCCGUGGCUGCUGGCCUUCAUGCUGACCGCCAUCAUCCUCAUGACGAUCUGCGGCAACAUCCUGCUCAUCGCGUUGGUGUUCGCCCAUCGCUCUCUGCGCUGCACCUCCAACUGCUUCCUGGUGUCGUUGUUCUUCUCCGACCUGAUGGUGGCGCUGGUGGUCAUGCCCCCGGCCAUGCUGAGCGUGCUGUGCGGCUCCUGGGUGCUGUGGCCGGCCUUUUGCCCCGUCUGGCUCUGCUUCGACGUCAUGUGCUGCAGCGCGUCCAUCCUCAACCUGUGCGUGAUCAGCCUGGACCGCUACCUCUUCAUCAUUUCCCCGCUGCGCUACAAGCAGAGGAUGACCCCGCCGCGGGCCCUGCUCCUGGUCGCCGCCGCCUGGGGUCUGGCCGCGCUGGCCUCCUUCCUGCCCAUCGAGAUGAACUGGCACAGUUUAGGCCACGGGAACCAGCACUCGCCGGUUCCUCAAGUCAGUCUGGGCAACAUUAGCGCCUCCUAUGACAAGCUGUACCCAGAGUCCUACUUUCAGCAGUCCCCAUCGGGAGGCGCGUCCUUUCAGUGCCGCCUGCGGGUGACCCUGCCCUUUGCCCUGGUGGCUUCCGUGCUCACCUUCUUUCUACCCUCCAGCGCCAUUUGCUUCACCUAUUGCCGGAUCCUCCUGGCCGCGCGGAGACAAGCGAAGAGAGUCGCAGCGCUGAGCCACCCCCCGCACCCUCACCCAUCCCUUGGAGAACCUUCCCGGCCUCCUUCGCCCGGGGUCGUAGCCAGGUCAGCUCAGCAGGACGGGUAUAAGUCCAAUCAUCAAGGACCCCCCGUGGCCCAGAAUGUACCGCUGUCUGUGACCAGUGAGCGCCGUCUUGCUCACAAGCAGGGUCGGAGGGCACUGAAGGCCAGUCUCACGCUGGGGGUGCUCCUGGGACUUUUCUUCAGCGCCUGGUUACCCUUUUUCAUCACCAACAUGGCUCAGGCGGUGUGCGAGUGUGUCCCACUCGAGCUUUUCGACGCCAUCACCUGGCUGGGUUACUGUAACAGCACCAUAAACCCCAUCAUCUAUCCCCUGUUCAUGAGGGACUUCAAGCGAGCGCUGGCAAAGCUUCUGCCCUGCUGUUCCUCGCGCUCGCCCAGAAGACCCUCGCCAGCGCUCUCCAUCUCCCUGCGCAACUCGGGGGAGCCCAACAUCGCCAGCAACCCUACCUCGCCUCUGGCCUCCGACCCGACCCACGCGCCUGCCACGGCCACGGACGCCGUCAACUUGCUGGACGCUGAGCACGCCGGGAUCGAGCUCCCUCUGCUUCUUCCCAACCAGGUGGACAACCUGGACUGAGCUACGGAGGAAGCACAGCCGGUCAGUGACUGGAGGGUCAUA